AACAUCGCUCGUUCACUCCUUCAACGGACCGAAAACAUUCUUUUUGUUGCCUUGAGAUUCAAUCAUGAAGAAGAUCCUAUUUGGUAUACUCUCAAUCAAAAACCAUACAAAAAUGAAUUUAACUCUUAUAACCAUAAAUUGGUUCCAUUUCCUUCUUGCCCUUCUUUGCCUUGUUGGGGAUCUUCUGUUAUUAAUAGGUCAUGAGAUCUAUGUUCUCGGUGGAUGCAUCAAUGGUGAGCUGACCUCUAAUGUGUUUGUUAUCGAUUGCCUACAUAGCACGUUUCGAUUUCUUCCUAGUAUGCGUGUGUCACGUGGCUGUGCGGCGUUUGGUAUUGUAGAUGGGAAGAUUUAUGUAAUCGGAGGGUAUAAUAAGGCAGAUUCAUUGGAUAAUUGGGUUGAGGUUUUUGACCUCGAGAAGCAAACUUGGGAGUCUUUUUCAGGUUUGUGUAAUGAAGAUUUAUACAAGAUAACGCUCAAGAGUGUUGUGAUGAACGAGAAGAUUUACAUAAUGGAUCGAAGAACUAACGUUGUUUACGAUCCUAAAAAAGGUGUAUGGGAGAAGGACUUCUUAUUGAAUAGUGAUUGGAAAGUUGGUUCGUGCGUUAUUGAUAACAUGUUGUACACAUUUGGUUUUGAUUGUCAAAAAAGUGUUUAUCGAAUACACGUCUAUGAUCCAAGAGUGAGGGUGUGGAGUUUCGUGAAAGGUGUUGAGAAUAUACCAAAGAUGCAUGAAAUUCAAGGAUCUAGAAUGGCGAAUCAUGGCGGAGAUCUCACAGUUUUGCUCAACCUUGAUAAAAGUGGAGGAACAGAGAUUUGGUGUAUACAAGUUGCAUUGGAAAGGCGAGGAGAACACAGAGAGAUUUGGGGAAAGGUUUUGUGGUCUAAUCUUGUGCUAACUUUGGAAAAUUCAUCGACAAUUGUUCAAUGUUUGGAUGUAACAAUUUGAUGAAGCAUGAGAUGGUUUUAUGUAAUCGUAAUGAAAGUUUUCCUUAA